AUGGCGGUGUUAUGUGGAAUAUGCCAAGUAGAACAAUCAAAAUAUAAAUGUCCUAAAUGUUCAAUUGCUUAUUGUUCAUUAACUUGUUAUAAAUCAGAAAUCCAUACUCAUGAUUAUCUCCCGACAGUAACCGACACAACAUCUCAACCACCACAACAGCAACAGCAAACCACUACUACCACUACUACCACCCCUGGGGAUGACAGAUUUCUGAAAUUAUUACAAGAUGAUCAAAUUAAAUAUUUAUUAAAUCAACCAAGUUUACAAUUUCAUUUACUUUCAAUCAUCAAAAUUUUAAUUGAUCCCACUUUUACUCCUAAAAAUAGUAAUAUUGAACAAAAAUUAGAUAUUGCAAAUUUAAAACUCAAUGAUUUAAGAAUUGGUGGAAUUGAACAAAAUGAAUUAGUUGAAGAAUUUGUUCAAAGAUGUCUUGAAUUGAUGAAUUGA